AUGCGCCAUUUCAGCGACAGUCUAUAUAUCUGUGAAUUUAUUCCACUCGCUUCGAUAUCUGCCCAUCCGUCUGUCUGUCUGUCUAUCUGUCUGUCUGUCUAUCUAUCUGUCUAUCUAAUAGCUUCGAUAUCUCUCUAUCUUUCUCAUUCUGCUUCUCUCUUUUCUAUCUAUCUAUCUAUCUAUCUAUCUAUCUAUCUAUCUAUGUCAUUUUGUUCGGGAUCAAUCACAUUACGUAAUCUAUCUAUCUAUCUAUCUAUCUAUCUAUCUAUCUAUCUAUCUAUCUAUGUAUCUAUCUCAGUCGCUUCAAUAUCUAUAUUUUGCUCUCCCGAUUACUGGUGGCUCUCAACGACAAUAUCUCUAUUCCCUUUUUUAUUUCUUUAUUUAUUUCUUUAUCGUUCUUUCUUCCUUUUUCUUUUUCUUUCUUUCUUUUUUCUUUUUCUUUCUUUCUUUCUUUCUUUCUUUUGCUUCAUUUUUGUUCGUUGUCUUUUUCUUUCUUUUUUUCUUUUCCUUUUGUUAUUUCUUUUUAUUUCACUUUUUGUUUUUCUUUUUUCUUUCCUUCUUCCUUUUUAUUUUUUUCUUUCAUUUUCAUUUCGUUCUUUUUCUUUCUUUCUUUUUUCUUUUUUUCUUUUAUUCUCAUCCUUUCUGGUCUUUCCUCUUUCACUCUUCUUGACCUUCUCCUUCUUUCUUUCUUUCUUCAUUUCUUUCUUUCUUCGUUUCUUUCUUUCUUUCUUUCUUUCUUUCUUUCUUCAUUUCUUUCUUUCUUUCUUUCUUCAUUUCUUUCUUUCUUCGUUUCUUUCUUUCUUAAUUUCUUUCUUUCUUUCUUUCUUUCUUCAUUUCUUUCUUUCUUUUAAUCUUAUCCUUUCUGGUCUUUCCUCUUUCAUUCUUCUUGACCUUCUCCUUCUUUCUUUCUUUAUUUCUUUCUUUCUUUCUUUCUUAAUUUCUUUCUUUCUUUCUUCAUUUCUUUCUUUCUUUCUUCAUUUCUUUCUUUCUUUCUUUCUUCAUUUCUUUCUUUCUUCGUUUCUUUCUUUCUUUUUUUUUCUUUCUUUCUUUCUUUCUUCAUUUCUUUUUUCUUUUUCUUUUAAUCUUAUCCUUUCUGGUCUUUCCUCUUUCAUUCUUCUUGACCUUCUCCUUCUUUCUUUCUUUGUUUCUUUGUUUCUUUUCUUUCUUAAUUUCUUUUUCUUUCUUUCUUCAUUUCUUUUCUUUCUUUCUUCUUUCUUUCUUCAUUUCUUUCUUUCUUUUAAUCUUAUCCUUUCUGGUCUUUCCUCUUUCAUUCUUCUUGACCUUCUCCUUCUUUCUUUCUUUAUUUCUUUCUUUCUUUCUUUCUUAAUUUCUUUCUUUCUUUCUUCAUUUCUUUCUUUCUUUCUUUCUUUCUUCAUUUCUUUCUUUCUUUUAAUCUUAUCCUUUCUGGUCUUUCCUCUUUCUUUCUUUUUGGCCUUCUACUUCUUUCUUUCUUUAUUUCUUUCUUUCUUUAUUUUGCUUCUUUUUUCGUACGUUCUCUUCUUUCUUUCUUUUUUCCUUUUGUUCUUUCUUUUUUAUGUCACUUUUUAUUUUUUUAUUUUUUCUUUCCUUUCUAUUUUUUCUUUUAUUUUCAUUUCAUUCGUUUUCUUUCUUUCUUCAUUUCUUUCUUUCUUUCUUUCUUUCUUUUUCUUUCGUUCUUUCUUUUCUUUUCUUUUCUUCUUUUCUUUAUCUUUAUCUUUUUACUUUCAUUCUUUUUUCGUUUCCUUUUCCUUUUCUUCUUUCUUUGGCUUUCUUUCUCUCUUUCUUUCUUUCUUUCUUUCUCACGCACACAUCUCCCUCCCUGUUACAUUCUCUCAUACUCACGACCUCACCCCCGCCACAGGGAUAUACACAAAGUGUACUCUACAUUCUCUCAGACAUAAUAACCCAGUCUCUCUCUCUCUAUCUCUCUCUCUUUUUCUCUCUCUCUUUUUCUCUCACUCUCAUUGUCUCUCGUGUUUUUUCGAUAAUUAUUCUACUCAUUUUGAAUCCUUUGGCUUCAAUAUCUAUCUAUCUUUGUCACUUCAAUAUCUAUCUAUCUAUCUUUGUCACUUCAAUAUCUGUCUAUCUAUCUUUGUCACUUCAAUAUCUAUCUAUCUAUCUAUCUAUCUUAGUCGCUUCAAUAUCUAUCUAUCUUUGUCACUUCAAUAUCUAUCUAUCUAUCUAUCUCUCUAUCUAUCUAUCUAUCUAUCUAUCUUAGUCGCUUCAAUAUCUAUCUAUCUUUGUCACUUCAAUAUCUAUCUAUCUAUCUAUCUCUCUAUCUAUCUAUCUAUCUAUCUUAGUCGCUUCAAUGUCUAUCUAUCUAUCUAUCUAUUUAUCUAUCUAUGGGGAACACAGGUGUAUCCAUAUUCAUUACAUCACUAUCUUAGUUGCUUAAAUAUCUAUCUAUCUAUCUAUCUAUCUAUCUAUCUAUCUAUCUAUCUAUCUAUCUAUCUUAGUUGCUUCAAUAUCUAUCUAUUUAUCUAUCUAUCUAUCUUUGCCACUUCAAUAACUAUCUACCUUAGUCGCUUCAAUAUCUAUCGAUCGAUCUAUCUAUCUUAUAGCUUCAAUAUCUAUCUAUCUAUCUUAGUAGCUUCAAUAUCUAUCUAUCUAUCUAUCGAUCGAUCGAUCGAUCGAUCUAUCUAUCCUAGUAGCUUCAAUAUCUAUCUAUCUAUCUAUUUAUCUAUCUAUCGAUUGAUCAAUCUUUCUAUCUAUCUUAGUAGCUUCAAUAUCUAUGUAUCUAUCUAUCUAUCUAUCUUACUUCAAUAUCUAUCUAUCUAUUUAUCUAUCUAUCGAUCGAUCAAUCUUUCUAUCUAUCUUAGUAGCUUCAAUAUCUAUCUAUCUAUCUAUCUAUCUAUCUAUCUAUCUUAUAGCUUCAAUAUCUAUCUAUCUAUUUAUCUAUCUAUCUUAGUAGCUUCAAUAUCUAUCUAUCUAUCUAUCUAUCUCAUCACUUCAAUAUCUAUCUAUCUAUCUCAUUGUCUUCACUAUCUAUCUAACUAUAUAUCUAUCUCGUUGUUGACUAUCUAUCUAUCUAUCUAUCUAUCACAUUCUUUUCAAUAUCUAUCUAUCUAUCGAUCUAAGUCCCAUCAAUAUUUAUCUAUUUUAGUCACUUCAAUAUCUAUCUAUCUAUCUAUCUAUCUAUCUAUCUAUCACAUUCUUUUCAGUAUCUACCUAUCUAUCUAUUCACUUCAAUAUCUAUCUAUCUAUCUAUCUAUCUUAGUCGCUUCUAUCUGCAGUGUUAGCAAGGGAGACUUCUCUCUCUCUCUCUCUCUCUCUCUCUCUCUCUCUCUUUAUCUAUAUUUUAAAAAAAUAUCUUUUCCAUUUCAAAUUUUGUUUUUCUAUGUUUCCUUUUCUCUCUCACUCUCUCUCUCUCUUUCUCUCUCUUUCUCUAUCUCUCUUUUUCUCUUCCCCGUUUUUUCUUUUCUCUUUCUAUUUUCCCUUUAUCUCUCUUACUGUUUCUUUCCAUUUUUUUCCCUAUAUUCUCCCUUACCUUUUCUUUCUAUUUUCCUUUAUUCAUUCUUACUUUCUCUUUUCCUUUUUCUCUCUCACUUUAUCUAUUUCUAUUCCCCUCUUAUUUUUCUUCUUCUUCUUUUUUAUUCCAUUUUUCAUUUUCGCUUGUCAUUUUACCAUUUUUCUCCUUUGUUUUCUCCUUCCAUUUUCCUACUUUUGAAAAGCGUUGAUAUGCAUCUAUACAGAAGUCUCUCCUUUGAGACAAAAUCAAAAACGAAUUCUCAAUACCCCCCUCUCUUUCCCUCUGUUUUUUACCCGACUCCUAAACCUUCCCUCUAA